GAACAGAAGGUCUUCGUCAUUCGUGCACGGCGCUGCACGCUGUGAAUAAGGGAGAGUGAGAGAAAGAGAGCGGGAGGAGCGAGAGAAAGAACGGAAGAAAGAAAAGAACGACGGAAAGAGUGGCUCGCCCUUGGAUGUUUUUGUUAGGACCCUUGGAUAUCUCUGCUGCAUUGCGGUCGACGAGACUGCGGCAGCGGCGUCUGGCUCUUUGCCGUUAGUCGUCAGUAAUCGGCGAUCGAGGAUCGGCGAUACGGUGCUGGGGAAGGAAACCGCGCCGUGCGUCGUCAGGAUCAGCAUGUCCGGGUCUCGGACGAUCCUUCUGCCGCGAUAUUCCGCGAGUGCGUGCCGAUUCUAACCCCUACGCGAAUAAGUGCAGAGUGAUAACAGUGUGCAGUGACCUCGAGGUGUGUGCGACCGGUCCCCCCUCCCCCCCACCCCCCAACCCAACCUUGCACGCGACGGAUUCGCAUUUUGCUCCGUGUUUACGCUUCUAAUCGCCAAAGCGCGACACCGAGCAAACAUCAAGUAUCCGGGUAUCCUCCACGAUUACCAACGAGCAGAACGAUGACGACGUGCAGCCCUGCGAACGUCGCCCUACAUCUGGCCGUGGUACUCGCGGUAGCGAUGCCCGGCCUCUCGCUUGCCGCCUGGCAGGAAAACGUCAGGCCCAAGAUGUACGUCCAGCUUGGAGCCGAGGACGUCUUCAGGUUCACAGGUAACGAGACACACACGGAUUACUUCCGGCUUGUUCUACGGGACGGGAAUUACCUUCUAGUCGGAGGACGAAAUCUGGUUCACAAUUUGAGCCUGACGGAUCUGACCGAGCAGCAACGUCUUUCGUGGUACUCGCCGGAUACGGACAUAAAGAUGUGCGUCGUAAAGGGCAAGGAUGAGGAGACGUGCCAGAACUACGUGAGGAUUCUCGCCCAGACGGGACCCAGUACCCUGCUUGUCUGUGCGACGAACGCCUUCAAGCCGGUGUGCAGAGAUUACCUGGUUCAGCCCGGCAACUACACCGUAGUAAAGGAGCGACCCGGUCAGGCAGUUUGUCCCUACGACCCCCAGCAUAAUAGCACCUUCGUAUACGUCGACGGGGAACUUUACACGGGGACUGUCGCCGACUUUUCGGGGAUGGACCCGAUUAUUUAUCGCGAACCCCUUCAGACCGAACAGUACGACUCCAUGAGUCUGAACGCGCCGAAUUUCGUCAGCUCUAUGACCCAGGGAGACUUUGUGUAUUUCUUUUUUCGCGAGACGGCCGUUGAGUACAUCAACUGCGGCAAGGCCGUAUAUUCCCGCGUUGCGCGAGUCUGCAAGUACGAUCGUGGAGGGCCACAUCGUUUUCGAAAUCGGUGGACCUCGUUUCUCAAGUCACGGCUCAACUGCUCCGUUACCGGCGAUUUUCCCUUCUAUUUCAACGAGAUUCAGUCGACGACGGAACUGAUAUCUGGCCAGUACGGUGGUGUCUCGGCACAGCUUAUAUACGGGACGUUCACGACGCCAGUGAACAGCAUAAGCGGUUCAGCAGUCUGUGCAUUUUCGCUGCAAGACAUAGCGGACACCUUUGAGGGAAACUUCAAGGAGCAAAGUGCCCUGAAUUCGAACUGGCUCCCGGUACAGAGUGCAAAAGUACCAGACCCAAGGCCUGGCCAGUGUGUAAAUGACUCCCGUACGCUGCCGGACCUCACCUUAAACUUCAUCAAGAGCCAUUCCCUCAUGGACGAAUCCGUGCCGAGCUUCUUCGGCCAGCCUAUCGUUAUAAGGACGAGCUUUCACUACCGUUUCACGCAAAUAGCGGUAGAUCCGCAAGUCAAAACGCCAGGUGGAAAGACAUACGACGUAUUGUUCAUCGGAACGGACAACGGGAAAGUGAUAAAGGCGGUGAACGCUGACUCGGCGGACAGUCACCAGCGAGCGAGUCCCGUUGUCAUCGAGGAGAUCCAGGCAUUCCCUGCAUCUGUUCCUGUACGAGGUAUAAAAGUGGUGCGAGCCUCGCAGGCUGGUGAUGGGCUUGAGGAUGGGCGUUUGGUAGUCAUUGCGGACGGGCAAGUUCAGGCGCUGAGGCUGCACCGCUGCUACAGCGACAGGAUAUUAUCCUGCGGCGAGUGCGUUGCUCUUCAGGAUCCCUACUGUGCGUGGGACAAGAUCGAGGGUAAAUGUCGCGCUCUCGUCGGUCCUGCGGCUACCGACGCGUCCAGGUUCCUUCAGAGCGUUGCCAGCGGAAUACACGCCUCAUGCCCGCCUAGUAAGAGCCUGAACAAGGACGCUGGGAGUGUCGGCGCGAUAUCAGCAAACCAGAACAAAUUUCCCCAAGACUCAAUGAUACCUAACAAGGAAAGCCAGGGGGGAGAGAUCAUCAACAUAAUGCAGGACGAGGAGCAACAGAAUUCGGGUCCAGCAGUGUCCGCGGCGGAUUCUCCACCGCCUCAAUACUCCGUAGAGACCCUGGUUAUGGCUGUGGUUGCUGGUGCGCUCGCAGCUCUUCUGGUAGGAUUCGUUGCGGGUUAUCUUUGCGGCAGGAAGUGCCGAAAAGACGAAGAUGACAAUCUGCCGUACCCGGAUACGGAGUAUGAAUACUUCGAGCAGCGGCAAACCGUGAACAGUAGGUUGGCACCCGAGCCAAAGCUUUUGCCGCAAGAGGAGGUGACGUACGCGGAACCAGUCCUGGUACCGCAACCGCCGAAGCUCCAUUCGCCGAAAGGAACGAUGCGAAAGCCACCACCGACCCCAGCAGAGACGCUCUUCCAGUUCCCGGACGGAUACGGGUUCCGGGGCCCGAGGGAUAACUUCGGAACGCUCCGGUCUCACCAGGGUGACGCGUAUCGUCGCACGGACGGUUUCGCGACGACGCGAAGCGUGAAGAAGGUUUAUCUCUGAGAAAUGAGCGAGGAGGGAGGAGGGGGCCGUCACCGAAGUCUCGGGCGGCCGGCGCGGAACCGGCACACCGGGGCAGCGGGUAGAAGUCGCGCCGCGUCGGGAGGAGGCCAGUCAACGCGGGAACUCGCUGGUCCAAGGGCACUCGAGUCGCCCUCGCCGCCGUCGAGCGCCUCGUCGAGCUCGCCCUCCCCCCCUUCCUCCUCGCCAUCGCCAACCCUGGUCACGAUACCGAUGGGUGGCGUCGGGGGUCCGGGUGGCGUUCCACUCGGUGGUGCGUCGACACCUCCGCCCCCGCCACCUCGUACACCUCCGUGCAGUUUCAUAUACCGAUCAUAGUCUCCGUCGGUUAUUUACGACGUCACUCGUAUAAUAAGGUCCUAGCGACCGUUAAAUGAUUUGGUAAGGCGUUCGAGGCCUUGGCACGUGGGGCGAAAUUAAAGUCAAGGUAUAACCGUAGCGGUAUAACGAGAAUACAAAGAGGAUCGCAUCACGUGAAAGAUGAUAUUUUCCGAUAUUAUCGGAGAAAUAUGAUUACGAUGAUAUGGGUUGAGGAAAUUUCAUUCGUCUACGACGAGAAAUGUAUACAUUAUUAACAAUAAUAGGGAUAGGAACGCGCUUAUGGACUGGACGCUAUUAGUGCUCCGCGAGAGCAUGUUCAUUGAGGGUGGUUACCAAUGUUUCCGCAUGUAACCUCAAAUCAAAUAGGGUUUAGCUUGUAUCAAUAAAAAUGCCUGAUGUUUUUCUCUCCGAUAUCCAUUUCCAAAGACUAUGGAUAAUAAUUGCGUAAUUACCGUUGGACGGAGCGUGAGAGCUGCUUCCAUGGAGCACGUCAAUCCCCCCCCCUUCCUCGCCACUCGCCCUGUCUUUUCAAUCGUGAGAUAAAGAGGGGCGAAGUGGCCGCAUACUUGUGUAUGUACAUACACAGUUAUAAUGUACGUACCUGACACACAAUGUAUUGCAUAAUGAAGCAAAAGUGGAAAAAUUGUUUAAUUGGAAAUCUGACUGAACAAACAGCGCAAUGAUUUGUUAUUUAAAGAAUAGUUCAAUCGGUCGUCCGAGUGGAAAGUGAGACCGUAUACUAUUUGAGCAUGGGGAAAAGACAAAGUGGGGGCGGGGGAAAAAAAGAGUAAAUUCUGUUCGUCUGUCCCUAGCCCGGUGGUGUAUCGUGACAUCUAUCUUAAAGUGCUUCUUAUUUCGGUGUGUUUAGAAGUAUAACGCGUAUGUGAUAUAUAAUAUUCUAUAUUGACGAGAUGUUUUCUAGGCGAUGGAUCAACGGGUUUCAGAGACUUUACGUGGGAUGACUCUGUACAAUGUAUAAAAAGACGUUUCACCUCUACCGGUCGAUUUUGAGUUUCCUUGUUCAAUCCAGACCAAGCGUUAUAUAUAUAUAUAUGAGCCACUCGUUCUGAGUCGAAAUUCAAAUCUAAUUUCAAUAUUUCAACUUCCUUCACCAUCAAUCAAAAAUAGAGGGGGAACCGUAGAACGAUAGAAGAGUUGAAAAACGAAACAGGAAUGUGAAGACACUUAUUUUACUUCAUUUUGUAAUAUUGGGAUCGCGUGCAUGUGUAAGGCUUACGUUUAUAUUAGAAAGAACCGUGACGAAGAGAACGGCAAACGUUGAAUUCAAAGAACGAGAAGCAAGACGAAAAUUUUCGACUCGGUAUCCGACUUCUGUUUAUUCCACGACAUACGUGUGAUGGUUGUUCAAAUUUCGCACGGUCUGUGAAUAUGUAAACUCGAGGUGAGUCUGGUUGGGUGCGACAGGGCGCAAAUUGAGUGAAUACGAGGCGAGGAGUAUUGGAAUACUUACGUAAUUCUUUUUUCAAGAAACAGAUGAAAAAGAAAAAUAGAAAAAAAAAUGGAAAAAGGAAGAAAACAAAAAUUGGAGUAGUUGUUAAUUGAUCAAAAUCAGACCGAGGCCUUUCGGCUCCCCGAAGCACAGGUCAAAACGCAAAGACUGAAUGUGAAAGAUCGGCUGGCUUGGCGAGCGAGCAAGCCUCUCGUUAUUCGUUCGUCGUUCUCUCGCGGCGUUUGUGCGAGUAUAUAACAGACUUUAUAAUAUAACUUUUAUUAUUUACCGACAGUACAAAUUUUUCAUCGUGUUAAUACUCGCUGUAAUUAGGUUUUUGUUUGUAAGAGAAAAACAACAAAAAAAAAGAAGCUAAUGAAAAAAACCUCGCCAAUCCAAACUCUACAUAUACAUUACAUGUAUGUGGACGACGGUCGUGUUUGUAUUUAGACAUCGUUUCAACUAUACGGACGAAUCGAAUCCAUGUGACCGGCGCCACUCAUCAUACUCAAUUACUUACCGACGACUGUAUAUUAAACUGCUGAAAGACUGCGGGUUUUUCGGGAUUCUUAUAAACGCUGCCAUUUGAUAUUCUCUCGUCUUAUUUAUUUUCGUUACGUAUACUUGUAUUUUUUUAUUCUUCUUAUUAAUUAGGUUUUUUCCGAUUUCAACUCAAUUGUAUUAUUACUUAUAUUUUUUUUUUUUUCUUUUUUCUUGUAUCAGCGUGUACGUAUACAUAUUACACAUAUAGCUCGUAUUUGGAAACCCGUUUCUUAAGUUUCUAUAAUAGAGCUGACUGGUCCCGCUGUGUUAUAAUAAUAUAUAUUCAAGUGAUUUUUACAUAAAAGACUCAGGCAAGAUACCAAAGAUAUUAAUUAUACUAUUAUAAUAAUUAGGCACCGCUGGUCAUUGCGAUGAUGGUUAUCGGUUAUCGUUAGAGGCGCACAAGAAUACAAGAUAUAGUUAUCCAAUCGUUAUCAUUUAUCAAUUUAACAAUUAUCAAUUUAAUCGAUUAAUAUAUCGUGAUAAAUAUAAUAU